CGGCUGUUUUUCAGAAGAAUGUUUUUGAUGGUUCUCUUUGUGAGCUGCGUCUUCCUGCCGCUAGGAUGGGGUACGCAGGUGAACUAUUGCCAUUGCGGCCAAGCCUUGAAGGCUGGUGGACACGACCUAUUGACUUCCCGACGUCACCCAAGGCACCUCCACCACCACCGACCCAAGAGAAGACACCGCGUGAGAGGUCCGAAGUCACGCUUGAAUGAAUUUGCCCCCCGUAUUAUUGAACAUCCUUCGGACACAGUGGUACGUCGGGACCAGCCGGUAACCAUGAACUGCCGAGCCGAAGGGAACCCAGAGCCCUCGAUCGAAUGGUACCACAACGGACUGAAAGUGAACUUCUCGAACUUUCAUGGCUCCCUGAUCCACGAUGGGUCCAUAUUCUUCUACCAGAUUAAAGGAAAAUCUAAUGAAGGGAUUUACGCCUGCCUGGCUCAGAACCUCCUGGGGGUGGCCAUCAGCAGGAACGCCUCGCUCACUAUAGCUGGAGAUAAGGACUCCAAUAAUAAGGACUUUGAGGAUAAUAAGGACUCCAAUAAUAAGGACUAUGAGGAUAAUAAUGACUCCAAUAAUAAGGAGUAUGAGGAUAAUAAUGACUCCAAUAAUAAGGACUAUGAGGAUAAUAAGGACUCCAAUAAUAAGGACUAUGAGGGUGAACUACAAUCAGAUGAGAAGGAAUUGACAGAUGUGCCCGGAAUAAACGUCCAAUCAUCUAGUGACCCGAUUGAACGGGAUAAGUCGGGAGCAGCCAAUACCGAGAAAGCUAAAAUGACCUCUCCGAAUAAUCUGCAUCAGCUCUUCAUCACUAUGCAUAGAAGCUGCUGUACAGACGCGGGGCUGAACAGGCUCGUCCAGGUGCUGAGCCUGCGCAGGAAACAGGAAGUUACAUGUCUGCCAGAGUCUGCACACCAGUCAAUCACUCUUCCUUCGCAGGUGUCUGCUGGUAAGCUGUCCAUUGGCCGGACGCAGAGGUCAGAUUCGGGGGUCUAUGUCUGCAUCGCCGCCAAUCACGCCGGUGAGAAGACAAGUCGUCCUGCUCAGAUCACAGUGCUGGAGCCACUUCUGUUCACCAACAAGCCCGCUGACGUGGUCACCAAGGCUGGCAGCACUGUGCAGUUUUUAUGUGGAGCCCAAGGAGUUCCCAGACCCGUCAUACAAUGGAGCAAAGAGCAGGGGGCGCUCCCUACUGGCCGGUACGCCAUCACCAAUGAGAACACGCUGAGUCUGCAGCGGGUGACCGUCCAGGAUUCGGGGAAGUAUAUCUGCACCGCCAGGAACCAGGUGGACACGGUGUCAGUCAAUGCCCAGCUGGUGGUGGAAGAUCCUCUGGAUACGGGUCAGACGGACAGACAGAAGGACGUCCUCCAAGAACUGGCGGCUGUGCGCGUCUAUCUGGACUCGGUGACCGUGCAGAACUCUUCAUCCGUGCAGCUUCAGUGGAAGGCGUCGUUCCUGUCACAGAACACCGAAGGUUACGUCGUAUUUUAUCGCCCUCAUCUGCCCCCGAAUUCUGAAUGGAUAAAAUGGCGCUCGGUCCCACUAACGGAAAACAGCGCCACCAUCCCAUCCCUGGGUAGAGGACAGAGGUACGAGUUCAAAGUACGGCCGUACGGGCGGGGAACCUUCGGCACCGACAGCAACGUCAAACACGUCCAGAUCCCCGAAGGAGCCUCCCCCCUUGCUGGACGUCACUGCGGCAGUGGCUCGCUCUGGCCGUAUCCUAGCAACGAGCAGACGUCGGGGGUGGGUCUACGGCCUCCGGCGCAUGCGCAGUCCGCUGUGGAAUCCCGAUGGGGAUCGCACACACACCGCUCUCUACGUUACAUUGGUGGCCAUGGCAACCGGGGACGCUGCAAGAUCGGCACCAGACCAUUAUUAGUAUCUGCUCAUUGGAACGACAUUGUAUUUCAGAUUUGGUGCUUCGGAAACGAGACCCUUCACCAAGCCAACUGGACCGUAGACCCAGAGACCCGGCGCCUGGAGAUCGCCAUGUUACCUGCCGGGGUCACCUACCAGAUCCAAGUAGCCGCCAUCUAUGACGUCGGUGUUGGCAGGCCGAGCCAACCAAAAUACAUCUUCAUAGAUUCCCCUGAAGUGGAGGAAGAGACGGCGAGCGAUCAGAUUCCUCUGGAUCUCAUCCUGCAGGUUAUAAAACAUCCGGCUUUUAUCGCCACAGUGGGCGGCACCGUGUGGAUCAUCCUAAUGGUGGCCGUGGUUUACCUGUGUCAGCGUCACGCCAAGCCUUACAGCUCCAAGAAGCACAGCGGUGAGCGUUUGUACCGGUUUGCAAGCGAGGACACUAUCAUCAAACACAGGAUGGACACCAGCGACUCGCCGUGGCUCUCAAACACGUGGAAAUCGGCUUCGUGUUCGAGGAACUACAGCAGCACGACCAGCGUGAACAGCCAGUUACUGUGGAUGGAGAGCAAAGACGCCUCCGACUUCCACAAAUCCACCAUUUCGUUUGAACGCAAAAGCGACACCAGCCGCAGCCAGAUAAUCCCACUGGUGCCCGACACCGGCAGCAUGUAUGGAGCUUUGUACGUGGAUCUCCCUGGAAAGGAAAUGACCACCUUCCAGUGCCCCCUGCCCACCAGACUGCCCGGAAUGGGGAUCAGGGUGAAAUCGACCACGUCCCCUGGACUGCUCGACCACAGCCUAUUCCCACGUUGUUCUAAUCCUGGCAGUGCCAGCAACCUGACACAUGGUGGAUCCAGAAACAGGAUCCCGCGCAAGCCCGUUCUCCCCGUACCACCCAGCGUGGCCCUAAAAGAACCCUGGAGCCAGAACUGCAAAAGAGAGCUUCACCACGUGAACAGCGCUCCCCUGUCCCCAUGCAGUCAGGCGGCCGAUCAGAGCGGCAGCGUUCCCAGUGUGAAGAGUCUGGACGGAGCCCCAUCAGGAAAAGUGGAAUACGCUAAAGUUAUGAAGACUUUGAGUUCUCCGAAAAUUCUGCAGUACACGACUUCUCUGAAAUUCAUGGACUUCCUACCCUACACCCUGUCUCUGCCACCGCCCCCUGUCCCUCCACCAGAUGAGGAGUCAGCCCCGGAGACCCAGGCUAAAAUAAUCCCUGGACGCUCCUCUUAUUCCAAAACGAAACAAGACAACAAUCAUAAACAGCCAAACAUUGCUAGGAAAAAGACUCCGCCAGAUUCCCUGCACUUCAGCCAUACGGCGCCCAUCACCUUGUCAGUCAGUGAUGAUCAUGUGCUCACUCCGGAUGACGUCGCCCAUUACCUGGAACUUAGCGAAAGAGGAGACAAAUCCAGGCAUCCCUCCGACAGCGACUCGACCCUCCCGAGGCCCUUCUCCACCUCCAACACCUAUGGCUAUAUCUGCAGCCCCUUGCCCUCCGAGCUGACGGAAGAAGCGGAGGCGGCGGAUGAGGAUGACGACGACCUGGAGCUGGCAGAGGUCAGCUCGUUAAAGUCGUACCGCAAGUAUUGUGAGACGCCUACGUCCAGCAUCAGCGACUACGAGAGCUCCAUGGCCGGCUCGCUGGUCAACGGCUGGGGGUCCGUGUCCGAGGACAACUACACCAGCGCCCGGUGCAGCAUGGUCAGCUCCUCCGACGGCUCUUUCCUCAUGGACGCCAGCUUUGCCAAGGCUCUGGCUGUGGCCGUGGACAGUUUCUGCCUGGGAAUGACGCAGUCGGAGGCCACAGACAGACUCCGUUUUUACGCAGAUUUCUCACCAUCUGCGUCCCCAUUGGAUGGAGCGCUAGCUCCGCAGAACCAGGGCGAUGGCACUGAUCAGAAUAGGAAGGCUAAAGUGAAUCCACUGCCAGUUCUAGAUUGGAACAUUGAUUGGAUGGAUGAAAUGGAGGCCAAGUACAACCAGAGGAGUCAGACCAGAGCUAUGUACCCCUUCAGUAAAAAGAUGGAACAAUUUAAAUAAUAGUUUUCGGUCCCUCGAGAAAGAUCAGCUGGUCGGCAAGUCUCGUGAUCACAGAUUCCAGUUCACCGC